AUGAACUUCGGCAUGGAUUUGGAGAACCUACGUGGCGAGAAAUAUCUCUUCUUCAACGACAGCAUCCGUGUCAGAUUUAUUAGCUGGACCGUCCAGACCGGAUAUGACGAAGUGAAUCUCGUCGAGUUGGUCUGCUUUGUCAUCCUCGGCCAUUCGGAGUGGUUUUUCGGGUGCUGGUCUGCUUAUGGAUACUCGUGCUCCAGCAGAAGCGGUCUGGUGGUGUUGGAUGUGUUCGAUUUACGGCAACUUCAUGGAUGGUAUGCGAAAGAGAUUACCUUCGGCCCAACAGACGCAGACGACAUGAAUUUGAAGGCGCAGAACAAUCAGUCGACGAAGCGAUUAAUUGUGACGGAUAGCUUUUACUCGACAGUGUCUCUUAGCCUCAAGCUACUCAAUAUGGGCUAA